AUGGCGGCUGAGAGCCUAGGCCUGGCAGCCUCAGUUGCCGGCCUGCUAUCUCUGGGCCUGCAGAUCACCGGCGGCAUCGUCAAGUACAUGGACGCCUUUGAGGGCCGUGAAGAGGAAUUACGCAACGUCAAGAAACAGAAUGACAGCCUGGCAGUCGCUCUCCGUGCAGUGAAGACGGCGUUGGCUGGUUUUCAAGACCAAAGCCCAGACAUCAUUAUUGCGGUAGAGCAGAACAUACGAAGCUGCGAAGUGGACCUCAGCGCUGUCGAGGCUCUGUGCGUUGAGCUUUCUGAUCGUGCUGGCAGCACCUGGACGAGGCGGCUGGAGAACAACAAGAAGAAAUUGACUUUUGCGUUCCAUCGACCUAAGCUUCGAGACCUGGCUCAACAAUUGCAACAAGCCCAUGGAGCUCUGCAAACGCUGCAGGGUACCUUGGGACUGGAGAACUCGAACAGGAACACGACUAGACUGAUGACCAUCGAGUCAAAUUCCCGCGAUCAGGUUUCCGAAAUGCUCCUAGUCCGAUCAGAAGUGGCAGCACUCGCUACGCCAGUGGCCAACAUCAAUGAAAAGCUGCCAGGUCUACAAAGCAACAUGAACUUCGACUAUCGCACAACUCUAUUGUAG